UUAAAAGCUGAGUUAUCUGAGGAAUCCCAGGCUGGAAACUCUAGGUGGGAGGAGGCCUGCCAGUUACUAAGAGAGGAAGCUGUGUGUGUGGAGGUGUGCAUUGGUGUGUGUCUGUGUGAGCUUUGGAACACUGUGCUGAAGGCUGCAUACUGGGACUUGCUGAGCUCUGGGGACUGCACCAACUGGAACAGCGUGUGCUGCUUUAUGCACAGGGACCCUGAUCGGAAAGCUGAGCCAAAUACAGGUGACCGGCCCUUUACCUGCACCUGACGUGUACUGCAGACUGUGUACUGGGAUGUGGCACGCACUGGAAAUGUGUACUGGCGCAGAGAACUGACUGGAGAGUGAAUUUUGGGGUGUCUAAGGGAGGCGUGUAUCUAAUUCGACCGUUACUGGGAGUUGGCGCAGGCAUGAAAAACUAACUGAAGGCUGUAUUCUGGGACGUAUUGCAUACUGGAAGUGUGUAUCACCACCGACAAACUGUAUACUGGAUCCUAGUAUUUACUCAAGGUUGUACACUGGGAUUUUGAGUGUACUGGAGGUGUGUACUGGAAAAGUUGGAUAGUGUUAUUAAACGUGUACCGAAGACCUUAUCCUGGGUAUUGAGUGUACCAAACGUGUGUACUAGAACAAAGAAUAUACUACGGUUUGUAAUUUGGGACCAUCGCGUAACCUAGAUUGCACACUUGGGUUAAGCCCAUACAAGAGGUGCACACUUUAAAAGGCAGCUUGUUGAAGGCUGUAACCCAGAGCACACUAGGUAACCAGGGCUCAAUCACUGCGUACCAUUGGUGGGCAGUGGUACGACAACCUUCCUGGCACUAGAGACUAAAUAGCACUAGUAGACUAAGUAGACCACUUGCAUCCAACAUGGCAAUGGUGGCAUCUCCGAGUGGUGAGCAGGGGUACAUCAGGACAGUCCUGAGCAGAGAUAACUUUAUGGACUUGGAGAGCUCUAGCCUGGCACUGCCGUCCGAAGAGACAUUGAAAGUGGGUCGGCAGGACCUCGAGAAGUCCAUGCGGAUCCAGCACCAGGUCCAGAUGACCAUGGCCAAGAGGACGACUAAAAAGAGUUUAGCUAACGGUUCGGUCUAUAAGUCUGUCAGCAUUUCCGACCAAAUACCGUAUACAACCUUGUCACAGAGGGAAAUCACCAGAACUCCAUCAAAAAGCAUUGACACCAUGAAGGACUAUCAGACAUCACAUUAUGAAAAUGGGUGGAGUGGAGGAUACUCCCAAUAUGGCCAACGAAGGCAGGAAAAUGGUUGGGCUGGAAGCUACUCUACGUACGGUCAGUGGGGUACCGAAAGAGACAUAAACCAAAGGAAGCCUCUAUCAAGAAAAGAGGUUUCCCCCGAACGAAUUGUUGGAAUGGGAACAUACGAACAAAGGAAAAAUACAUCAGCUAGUUUGAGAUAUCCAGAACACCGGCAGUACAAUGCCUCCACUGUCCGCUAUUCACGCUCCGAAUUUGGUACUGCGGCUAGAGCACGGCAGAGCACCACCAAAAAGUCCAACAUGUCUGACCAAGAUUCUGUGUUCAUGACCAGCGGCCCAAACAGUCCAGCCAAAGCCAUCUACGAACAGAGGAACAGCCGAAGUCUUAACAACCUUCUUGACAAGGAGAAUUACCAGGCUUCCUACAUGGCUGGUAGUAGCCAAGUCAAAGCAGUAAUCCCACCACAACAGAUGUACAGUAGACCAGAGGUUCAAAGAACGAGCUACCAAAAGACUGUCUACAGAACCGGAAAGGGGGAUUAUUCUGGAGCCAGUGGAAUAAACAUGAGUGGCAAGAGAACAACCAUGACAGCUGGGAGGGUUGCUGCUGGAAGUGGAAUUAUGCAGUCUCGAGUUGAUGGUGUCCACAUGGAUGGUGCUGUUGGAAGCUCGGCUCCGGUUCAGGUGACGUCAGAGGUGGACAUGACCCUGGAGAGGGCGGUGGGUCUGUUGCAAAGUGAAAGCUCAAGCUCAUACUGGCUAGUGGCAGCUGCCAACUUCAUUCAACAUGAGUGCUUCCAGAAGAUAGAGGCAAGAAAGCGGGUAUACUCCCUAGGUGGCAUUCCACGGCUGAUACGUCUUCUGAGCAAUGACGAUGAGGAAGUGCAGCGGGCAGCCUGCGCGGCUCUCAGAAAUCUGGUGUUCGAGGACAAUGAUAACAAGCUGGAGGUGUGUGAGCAGAGGGGGAUGCCAAUUCUACUGAGCCUGAUGAGAGAUACACAGGACCUGGAAAUAAAGAGACAAAUCACAGGCUUACUCUGGAAUUUAUCAUCCAAUGACCAGUUGAAGAUUAUGCUGAUCCGGGACGCUCUGAGCAACCUAAACAAGAGCAUUAUCAUCCCAUGUUCCGGCUGGAAGGAGGGCGAGUACUCCAAGAGCGACAUGAUGAACGAUUCUGACAUCUUCCACAAUGCCACCGGUUGUCUCAGAAACAUGAGCUCAGCAGGCCCGGAGGGACGACAAGCCAUGAGAGACUGUGAUGGCCUCAUUGACUCCCUUGUACAUUACGUCAGAAAGAGUAUCGCUGACUACAAACCAGACGACAGGGCCACAGAAAACUGUGUGUGUAUCUUGCACAACUUGUCAUACCAGUUGGAAUCUGAGCUGCCAGCCCGAUACAGCAAGUAUUUCUAUGUACAGAACAGGAAUGAGGAUCAGAGCGACACAAGUAUUGGCUGUUUUGGUGGUCGUAGUAGGAAAGUUAAAGAGCAGUGGGGAGACACCCCAGUACCAGAGGAAGUCAGCAACCCACGAGGGGUUGAAUGGCUGUGGAACUCUAUUGUUGUACGAAUGUAUCUGUCACUCAUUGCCAAGAGCACCCGAAAUUACACGCAGGAAGCAUCCCUGGGAUCGCUUCAGAAUCUUACCGCUGGUAAUGGAUCGAUGCCAUUCUCUGUUGCUCAGAUGGUCGUUCAGAAAGAGAAAGGACUUCAGCAUGUCCGAAAUAUGCUGUUUGGAAGCGAUCCAGGAGUGAAGAGGACAACGGUUUCUUUGCUGCGGAACUUGUCACGCAAUUCUUCUCUCCACAAUGAUAUUGCCACAGAACUGAUGCCUGAUCUAGUGCGGGCCUUGCCAGACUCUGUCCCAGAGUCCAACAUUGCCAAUGACACGACCGCGUCCCUGUGUUACGUCCUCAACAGUCUGAUCAGCAGCAACUCUGAGAACGCAAGGCUUCUCCUUCAAAAUGGCGGUAUCCGCAAACUCAUCAAUCUUAGCAGCAGUGACGGGACCAUGGGGUCUAAAGCUGGAAAAGCCGCCUCACUUGUCCUGUACAAUAUGUGGUCACACCAAGAACUUCACAAUGCCUACAAGAAGGCAACAUUUAAGAAAGGAGAUUUUGUUAACCCCAAAACUUCAAAAGCUUACCAUUCCCUGUGAAUCAGAAACCGUAUCCUGGGAAUACAAGGGCAAGCUUGCGUCAGUUUGUGAACUAACAAAGACAAUUAUAAGUGGCUCCACCUGCAUAACUGCAUACUGCCUUUCCUGACGCAGCUUACAUUUUUGGGCUGUUACUUUGGAUAUUUGUGCAACUUAUGAACACUGUAUACUGGGAUACCGAAGAUUUUUGUAUUGAAUGCCACUUUUUUGCACCUUUUCCUAUUAAUCACUGGUUUUAUGGAAGAUUAAACAAAAAGCAUGCCUUCUCUAGCACUAAUAUCAGUGUAAUUUUUGUGCAAUUUCCAAGAAUUUGUGAACUGCUCGUUUUAUACAAUGGCUAAAGUGUUCCCUUCAUCGUCUUGGUUUUCAAAGGACUGAAAACAAGAAAUUCUCUCCGUGUGGAAAAAUGAAACCCAUGGGACUACUGCAAGCUCUGUUGCAAGUAAUUUUGCAUCAUCCAGAUAACAGAUGUUGGUUCAUCAUGUGCAUCAGCCUAUUUAGUCUGCUGAACUAUAUACAUAUAUUGCUGCAAAGCCUGGUUCAGCUGAAUGGAUUGUGUUUUGCAUCCUAUGCUGUUCUAUAGAUCUGUUUAUAGACAUCACAAGAGAACAGAUUUACAAAAUAGUCAGUGUAGCACUCACCAAUAAUGCUUAUUCAAAAACCUUAGGUUAUAGUGUGUUCAGUUUAUUGUAGCAAUACAGUUUCAUUAUACUUCAAGGAUUUCUUAUUAUUUAGGACAAGUGACCUUUUUGUUCUCUAUAUAUCUGUUUCACUUUGCUAAUUAUCAACAUGUUUAAUUGACCUUUGUUACUACUAUCGGAGUGUUGGAAUAUGGGGGCUCAUCCGGGAUAGACUUUUAAGCAAUCACAUUAUCCUUUGCAAGUGGCAGUUGUCACUUCAUUCCCUUUUUGUCUUAUGUAUAUAGACUACUUACCACAGACCAAAGCAUGCAUAAUAGUAGAAACAUGCAUAUUUUAAAGGGCUGCAGUUUUACGGCAAUAGUGCAUGUUAAAAAAUAAAUCUUAGAACCUCAAUGUAGUACUUUUAAAUCACUGUAAUAUUUUCACCAAACAAGAAUACUGCUAUAACGUCUUGCUUUCAUGAAAAAUUCACCUGAUUGGGUGGUUCUGUCACAGCUGAAGUGUAGUGAAACAAUGAGGUUAAUUUACUAAAGGCAAAUAUACUGUGCACUUUAAGUGCAUUUGCUCUAGAUUCGGGGGUAAGCUCCAUCCGAGGGGAGGCUACAUUUUUGUUGUUUAGUUGGUAAAAAAUCCCCCAAUUGUUGCCAAAUAUGAAACAGAAAAACCAACUGUCUUCUGUUUAGAUUUUCCAACCUGUAGGUAACCACAUAGAGCCUAGGAUCCCAGGUGCUGCUCUGUGCCUGGAAGUUGAUCAUUUUUAAAAUGUUUGCAAAUGUUUGCAAAUGUAUUACUACAUUGUAAAAUUAAUUAGACAUCAAUUUACUUUUAGUGUUAUUUUUAUUAACUAGUGCACUGCUGCUUGGGAAUGUGUCAACCACCAUUUUAACAAAUGUGGCUUAAAGGGUCAUUAAAGGAAAAACAUUUUUUUGCUGAAA